AUACGGGUGUAGUAAGUGACGCAAGGUCAGUUAGUACGGACAGCGUAGAAUUUGUCUCGUCGUUUGCAUACAUAUUUAAUUGUUAAAGUUUAAUAGACUUUAAGAGUCGUUAAAUAUUGUAGAACUUAAGCCAGAUAUUAAUUCAAAUUUGUAGAAUUUAAUCAUCUGCAGAAUGGCAAGUCUUGUCGAGGAAGUAUUUCAAAAUGGAUUGAUUUUAGGAAACAUAUUUUCCUGGUUGGACCAUCACGACUUGAAGACUGUGCGCUUCGUGUGCCGAAAUUGGGAGCGGAGCGCCGGGCCCGGGUUUUCUGAGCGGAGUCGGAUUCGGCUUGACAUGUGGCAAGGUUUGUGUCCAGGGCGGGAAAGGACGACGUUUCUCCGCAUAAAUAAAGGUCCGCUGCUCAUGUUGGGAACGGAGGAUCGUGUCGGGGACGCUUUGGCGGGAAUAUUGGAUUCCUUUCAACAUUUCGAACUAAGUUUUACGACGUAUCGUCACACUAAAUUGGUCCAAGCGUAUCGACAUUUGGCCGAGCUUUUUGACCAUUUGCGUCGACCACGUGGUUCCGUGACAUACAUGGAUGCGGUCACGUUUGAGAAGAACUGUAACAUUGAUGGGCUGGUCCCGCAGGGGGCGCUGUUGGCGGUCGUCGCGGCACAAAACGCGGUACCAGAGGUGCACAUGCGCCUGAAUUUAGGCGGGUAUCCGGAAGGAUUGCAUUUUCACGCAACCUCGUUGGACAUCGACUGCACAAGUUUGCAAGAUAAUGUGGCCGAAAAAGCUACAAUUUUAGGGCGGUUUCACUCCUUGAAAAGUAUCAUGUUCACGGCGACGCAAGGCCUCGACUACUAUGUGGGAUUUAUGGUCGAAAAUAGAGACCAAUUCGCAAAUUUGGACCAAGUUUGGGUGGACGAUUGUUGUCAGUUGAAGGACAUCAGAAUUUUAUCCCGACUUGGAAAUGGGCUUCGUAAACUUGGUAUCAACGUAAUAAAUCAUCCCCGAGAUGAAUUCUCGCUGCAAGACGUGUCCGGCCUGGAAACCUGUCUGGUCCGACAUUUCGCCACCCUGCGGGUCCUCGACUUGUCCUUCAAUAUGAGUAUCAUCAGAACGUGGAAAUUUGUGACUAUAACGUUUCCGAAAUUGUGGAAACUUAACCUGGCCAUGCACACGGGGCCGAAUCAAGGCCAUUUCGACAACCUGGACAGAGAUAUUUUCGAUAUUGGGAAGCUCGUCAAGGUAAAAAUAAGUAAGCAGAUGCAGCAAAGUAGCGGUAGUUUUACAACGAAGCCAGAUUUCGGGAUCAUUUCCCACUCUUGUCCAGAUUGAAUAUUGAGCUUCCAUCGUGGCCGUGCUGCCCCAUGAUCACCUUUGAGCAGACGGUCGACCUUGAAGACGUCUUUGAUGUCGUCGUUACUACGCGAUACGGCUAUUAAGGAAAGUUGGACGGACCAAUCCCAGCAAUUUUAGGAGAAUAUUUGGCGUGAAAUGUAUGUAUGCACAUAUGUACAUACAUCAAUGUUUCCGAAUAUUUUAAAUAUUCAAAUAAAUCUUCAUUCAAAUGUGUCUUGUAGCUUCAUGAAGUUAAAUCCGAAGAUAUUCCGAUUUAGGGAUAAUAUUUAGUGCAAAAUAUUUUACAAAUUGAACCACGAACUUCAAAAUUAAUCCAUUUAAAAAAUAUGUACAUAUCUCUGUAUCGUGGACAUACAAAUAUUUAAAUUAUUGUUGAGAAUUUUUUAAUGGACAUGACAUUGAACUAAUGCGUAUAAAAUAAUUUAAGAAAUAAACAUUUGAUUUU